AUGACUAAGAGCCUAGAUGAAGGUUCACUACUUGUUGAUGAUACUCUGGGACUCGGGUUGGGAGAACUAGCGCGUUACCGGAUAACGAUCGACCAGGAUUGUGAAGAUUUGGGUAAUUUGGUAGAAAACUCGCAGAUCUACUUGACGUUUAAAAAUACGGAAAGCGCACUUUUGAGACCUAUCUACUUGACAGGACCGUACUCGUUCUACGUGGACGUCCAGCCGCAUAAUUACAAUGAGUUUGAACCCUUUGAUGAAGAUAUACAAUUCUGCGAUGAUGUGAAGCCUAACGACGUUUUUAGGGCAGUGCUCAAAAUUAAUGAAAACUCCCGUAUUGGUGACUCCAAUCGAUACAGCUGGCAGAUCAACAUAUCUUCACAGCUCUCGGUGACUAAAUUGCCAACUUUGGGCUUCAGAGUGUGCGUGAGCACCCAAGAAUUACGCGAAAUGCCGCACUCUUCAACUUCGUCCGUAAAGGGCUUUUUGUGCGAGAAAUGGGACACUCACCAGAUAUGGAAUCUACCUCCCCGCUAUCCGGAUCUUCCUUUGCAUCUUGUUAUUGUCACGCAUGGUAUAUUCUCCAACGUGGGUUGCGAUAUGAUCUACUUGAAGGACAGAAUCGAGGAAGCUGCGAAGGGCGAAAGUCGCUCCUCAUUAUCCAACGUGGUUGUGAGAGGCUAUAGGGGCAACCAAGGACGAUCUUCAAAGGGAAUCAAGGCCAACGGUAUACGAAUGGGGAGGUUUGUGAUUGAAUUAGUUGACGAAUUGCGGAAACAGUAUGACCUGAAGUACAUUUCGUUUGUGGGUCAUUCUCUGGGCGGUCCCACCCAGUCAAUGGCACUCAGGUACGUGUGUUUGGAACGACCCGAUAUUUUUGAUCCCAAAGAAGGGCUAGAACCAAUGCAUUUUAUCACCUUGGCAAGCCCGUAUCUAGGGGUUGCCGGAGAAGUGCCACCUUUUGUCACAUUGGCGCUGGAUUUGGGUGUUUUGGGUCAGACGGGGGCAGAUCUUAACCUGAGUAGAACCUUUUUCAUGUCAAAAAUGGGGCUAGUGAAGAAAGGUGACAAUCUCGGCAAGUAUAAGUUCAGGCCUUUGCUGGAAAUUAUUCCUUCUGAUCCUGUCAUAUCUUUGAUACAGAGGUUCAAAAAUCGUACAACGUACGCAAAUGUUCUUCAUGAUGGCAUUGUCCCGCUCAGAACUGCAGCACUUCUAUACCUUGACUGGAAAGGUUUAGGUGAUGUCCAUGGUGUAAGAAAAGGUGGAGGCAAAGAAGAUACGGGGACGCCAGAAUACUCUAAUAAGAAUGACACAACAGGUGAAAUCCCUGAAGAGAAAAUGGACAAGAAGUCUGCGCUGAAGUACAUUCUCCCACAAGCGGCUUUGAGAAGAGGUUACAAACGAUAUCAAAGAACUCAGACCCGGUACCCGCGUUCCGAUGAAGACAAACAAAGCGGUUCGGACGGUGAAGAAAGAAUAGCCCCACCACCUAAUGCCAACCCACUUAUUUCUGCUGCCAACAUCAUUAUCGCUCCGUUGCCUACCCAGGAAUAUCUUCGAGAUCCAAAAGAAAGAGGAGACAAAAUCAUUCAUGACAAACUAUAUUAUCCAGACGAGCUUCCUCCACCUCAUUAUCGCAAGAGAGAUUUGUUCAAAAAGAUUAUCUACCCAAAUGAUCGAAUUUACAGGGUGCAGGAAAGAAUAGCAAGGCAAUGGCAAGAGACAUCUACCUGGAGAAAGGUGUUGGUAAGUUUGGAGCCGGACUCCCAUAAUAAUAUCGUCGUUCGUCGCAAAUUUGUGAAUGCAUUUGGGUGGGUCGUAGUCGACCACCUUACAAAGAAUCACUUUGGCUCUGAGAGCCAUUCAAAGGGCGAUAAAGACAAAAACUAG